UUUUGCAGUUGGAUAAUGAUUGAUAGAAAGGUAGCAAAAAAGAAUAAAUAGUGACUGAUGGACAACACCAUUUGUCUUUUCAUCAUGAGGACUGAGGUUGCUCUCCAGCUGGGCUUGUGUGGCCUGUGUCUAGCUCUUGCACUUCUUGGAGAAGGAGUGGGUGCGGAAAUUCCUGAUCCCCCGGCAGUGAAUUGUCGAUGGAGCAGCUGGUCAAAGUGGAGUUCCUGUGAUCCUUGCACAAAAACCAGAAGACGUUCGCGAAGUGUUGAACAGUUUGGUCAGUUUGGGGGACUGUCCUGCAAGGAUUCAAUUGGGGACAGGGAGUUCUGCAUAACAAAUACUGAAUGCCAGCGGCCACCAGACCCUGUGUGUUCAGAUUCAGAGUUCCAGUGCGAGUCAGGUUCUUGCAUUAAGAAGAGAUUAAUGUGCAAUGGGGACUAUGACUGUGAAGAUGGAUCAGAUGAGGACUGCGAUCCUGUGCGUAAACCUUGUGGUUUGGCAGCCCUGGACACCAAUGAGCAAGGCAGAACAGCAGGAUAUGGAAUCAACAUCUUGGGUGCAGAUCCUCGAAUGAACCCCUUCAACAAUGAUUACUUCAAUGGAAGGUGUUCCCGAGUGAGAAAUCCAAACACUGGACGGGAUGACAGGCUUCCCUGGAAUGUUGGUGUGCUCAACUAUGAGACUCAAGUAGAGGAAUCUGUAUCUAAAGAAAUAUAUGAAGACACACACAGCCUUCUGAAAGAAAUUCUGUUGGAGAUGGCUGUUAAAACUGAUACUGGAUUUUCCUUCAAAUUCACCCCAACUGAGGACUCCAUGUCCAAUUCUACUACUACUGUGGGUCUAGAGCAGCACUACAUGAAGAGAACAAUGAUUAAGGAUGUUACUGAAGACACCACAAGUCAGAACAAGAGCUAUAUACGGGUGAAGGGCAGAGUACAGCUGAGCACCUACCGGAUGCGCUCUCAUGAGCUCCAGGUGGCCAGUGAGUUCCUGGACCAUGCCAAAUCAUUGCCUUUGGAGUAUGAGAAGGGUAUUUAUUUUGCCUUCCUCGAGGACUAUGGAACCCACUACACCAAAAAUGGGAGGUCUGGCGGUGAAUACGAGUUGGUCUAUGUUCUCAACCAGGAUACCAUCAGGUCAAAAAAACUGACGGAGAAAAGGAUUCAAAAGUGCAUGACAUUAGGCCUGAAAACAGAUUUUAGUGGCUUUGGAGGAAUACACCAUAACCAUAGCGACUGUGGGAAUGUAACAACAAAGGGCCGAGAUAAUACCCAUGGAAAAGCAGUGGUGGACAAGGUGAUGACAUCAGUCAAAGGAGGAACUCUAGAAAGCGCUGUUGUUAUGAGGGCGAAAUUAAAUACAGACGGAGUAAUGGACCUCACUACGUAUCAGAACUGGGCACAGACCAUCACCCAGGCCCCUGCUCUUAUUAACAGUGAGCCAGAGCCCAUCUAUAUGUUAAUUCCACUGGAUAUGCCUGAUGCUAACUCCAGGAUAUCCAACCUGAGGCAGGCCACAGCAGACUAUGUAGCAGAGUAUAAUGUGUGCAAGUGUAAACCUUGUCAGAAUGGAGGCACUCUUGCUCUGCUGGAUGGAGGCUGUAUAUGUCUGUGCACCCACCUUUUUGAAGGCAAGGCCUGCCAGAAUUUCAAGGGCGAUAAAGCAAAAUUCCCAGGUACAAGACCAGCUGUUAAUCAGGAAGGUAAUUGGUCAUGCUGGUCUGCCUGGUCCAGCUGUAAUGGAGGGAAACGCACCAGGACACGCGGAUGCAAUACGGACGGGCUCACUGGAGCUGCGUGCAGAGGCGACACCAGCAGUGAAGAACACUGCUAAGCUGAAAGAUGAUCAUUUAAGAAACAUAAUCUCUCUUUGACACACACACAAUGUACUCACACAAGCAAUGUCAAAAAGAUAAAAAAUCAUGAACAUUUUUGUGUCUCCAUGCUUAGUUAGUUGAACAGUGCCAUCUUGAGUUUAAUAAUGGACAAUGCGGUUAAUAAAAUCAUGUUUUUUUAUUUGUAGAAAGGGUUUAGGUUUUUUUGUGAUUUAAAUGUGGGGUUUUAGUAUAAAAAACAGUUGUAAACAUAUACACAUAGGGAUUAUGUUGAAAAUUAUCUGAAAUUAAAAGGAUCUAUUCAAGUCUUCUGGUAUUUUUAGAACAAUGAGGCAAAUUUAAUAAACAGGAAGAGCUACGUAUGUGGUGCCACAGUCCUUCACUGUAUUCAGUCCACACUUAGUGCAAAUUUGCAUCAUAUUAAGUUCUUUUCAUUUCAGUCUCUGUAGCAACUUAAUGAAACAAUAAAUCAAAUUCAAAGCAAUUUCUCAAAACAAUUUAACUUAACAAUCACUGCUGUCUUUUACAGGCCACAGCAACCUGGACAAAAAACUAGAGCAUGUCCUAUUCUGUCUCUAAUCAGAUUUAGCUUUGGUCCCAAAGAACUUUGGCUUUUUGACUACAAACAACACAGUGCGUCUUACAGUUUUAGUUCACUCAAAAUAGUGUUGGCUAAAGUAUGUAUUAAUGGGCUAAUAACUCAUCUUUAAAAGCAUGGAUACAUUCCAUCUGGCUGUGCUGUGCAAAUAAAAACCAGAUGAGCAGAAGCCAACUGGAUGGAGAGAGAAGUGACACAGAGACCACUGGAAAGAGAUCAGAGAUUAGGGUGUUGGACAUAAACUCAACAUAAAGAAAUGAUACUGUAUGUGUGCUGUUUCCCUUAGUUGCCCCUGAAACCUCAUUUUCAUACAAUGUUCUUGUAUUGUGCAUUCCGACUCCCUGUCACAUUGUUAUGGCUUACUGGGACACUUAAAAACAACAGAACCUUGAUAAUGUUAUUUGUAACAUCUGUUCUUUUCUUACUAUGACAAGUCAAAAUGUCUGCUGAAAAAAUUGGCCUAUUAAACUACACCCUAAGCCUUAA